AUGGCUCGCUUUGGUGCCAACAAAUCCAUCUUAGACUCAUUCCUAACAGAGAUUGUGUCCAGCAUCCGCAGCAAAAAUGGCCAGCGUAUUGCAGAACUCAUCCAACUGGAUUUCGACAGUCUACCGCCUGAGCGACAGAAACCUUAUGCCGAACUCAACGCCGAACUCAACACGCAAUAUCCAGCGUCGUCCAACGACAUGCAGCUGGUGACGCGGUGCAAGAGCGUACUGUCACAGGACGAGUUUGGAUCUUUCAGCUCGCCUUUCUCGGACAGCAUUGUCCAUUACUUUCGCUAUCUGAGAGAUUUCACUACGGCGAACAAUCGUGCGAAAGCUUUGAAAAUCAGGCAGUUGACGAGCCAAUGUGUAACCGCACUAGGCGACUCCAAAUACGGAGUGAUAAUGAUACCCAUCGUUCUAUCAUUCUCACGCGUCCUCGCGGCCGUAGCAACAAACCUCGACCGGAACCAAUCUCAACAACAACAGCAACAGCAACAAUCCGCCCCAGCUGGAUCCGCCGUCGCCGGCGGCGACACUCCCGGCAGCAGAUUCAGCUUCGUGGAAGACGCGGCCAACGUACUCCGCGACGCCUUCAUCAAAUGCCUGGCCGGCUCCCCAGGCGUACCGAGAACGUCGCGCCCCAGCCCACCAGACGACAAACGGCUCGGAAUCUACCUGACCGCCAACUCGUGCCUCAAACUCCUCACGCAAUGCGGAAAGCUGCGCAACGCCCAGCAGAUGUUCAGCAGCAUCGACGCCCAGUCGCCACCCCUGGCAUUCUACCCGGCCGCCCAGCGCGUCACUUACCUGUACCACCUGGGGCGAUACCACUUCGCAAACAGCCACUUCAUGCGGGCGAUCGCAGCCCUGCAAGCCGCCUACGAGCAAUGCCACGCCCAGGCGCUGAAGCACCGCCGCGCCAUCCUCAUCUACCUGAUCUCCGCCAACAUCUGCGUGGGGCGGUUCCCGUCGCCGAGGACCCUGCUCUCGCGGCCCGAAGCACUCGAUCUCGCCCCCUACUUCGUCCCGCUGUGCAGCGCCAUCCGCUCCGGUGACCUCGGCGCCUUCCGCCACCUCCUGACCCUUGACGACCCUGACACCACCAGCACCAACACGAAUACCUCGGCCCGCUGGUUCCUCCGGCACGCCGUGCUCCUCCAAUUGCAGGAUCGGUGCGAGAUCCUCGUAUGGCGCAGCCUGAUCCGCCAGGUCUUCCGACACGCGGGGUACCUGGGGGCCGAGGAGCGCAAAGUCCCCUUUCUGCGCCUGUAUCUCGUGCAGCAGGCGGCGCGAUGGGCCGUGAGCCGGACGAGACUUGAAAACAGCAACAACGCCAACAACGCCUCCUCCUCUAAAGACGAUGACGACGAAAGCUACACCGACCCCGAACUGGCCGACAUGGACGCGGCUAUCCACGAGACGGGCUUCGACCUGUCGUCGGGCCAAUACCUCGACAUGGACGCAUCAUCGUCAUCCGCCGACCUCGUCGACUCCCCUUCCGCCCUCCCGACCCUGCACUCCUACUCCCAGCCCUCCAGUCACUCGCAAUGGCCAAGCAUGCCGGAAAUCGAAAGCAUCGUGCUGAGCCUGAUCCAGCAACACCUGCUGCGGGGCUUCGCGACACACACGAACCCGCGCUUCGCCGUCCCGGGUGCCCAGAAGCUCGGCGGGCCCAUGAAGGCCGGCUUUCCGGGCGUGUGGGCCGUCAUUUCCGCGCGGUUGGGCUCGACGACCAACGGCGGUGGUGGUGACCUGGUCGUGCCUGGCUGGGUGGAGGAGAGGAGUUUGCGGAGCUCGGCGAGCGGUGGUGGUGGUGGUGGUGGUGGUGUGGUGAGGAUAUCUGGCGCCAGGAUGGCGGGUGCGUGA